GCCACCUAACCUUAACCAAUUUCAGUUGGACUAAUCCUCCUCUCUAUUCCGAUCAGAUGCAGCGUGGAUUUUAAGUGCUAUGAAAUGGAUUAGGAUGAAAGUCCGGGUUUUCAGGAUCUAACGCUCCAGCUGCAUGCUAUUUAACGUCGAUCCAGAGAAAGGGGCCAAGAAUCUUGCUAUUCUCUUUCUCUUCAUCCCCGUCGGCAUCUAUCAGCAACUUGGUGAUUAACGCCUCUGCUGGUAAUUUGAUCUCAUUAGCCACCAAAAGGGAGAAAGAGGAGUAGAAGACGAUCGACUUCGGCCAUGUCCAUCAGAAAAGAAGACUGCAUUGAAGAAGAUGCAACGAAGCUGGAAGAGGGUUGCAGCAGAGUUCAAGCGCAGCACAAUUCUCCACAGAAGGAUUGCUGCCCAUCGGUCAUGUUCAUACAGAAGAUGAUCGCGGAGGUAUUCGGGACGUACUGUGUGAUCUUCAGCGGGUGUGGAUCGGUGGUUGUGAAUGACAUAUAUGGGAAGGUGACGUUCCCUGGCGUGUGCAUCACAUGGGGCCUCAUCGUCAUGGUGAUGGUGUACUCGGUGGGACACAUCUCGGGCGCCCACUUCAACCCUGCCGUCACCCUUGCCUUUGCCAUCUUCAGGCGCUUCCCUUGGAAGCAGGUGCCAGCUUAUGUGGUAGCCCAGCUCCUGGGCUCCGUCAUGGCCAGUGGGACACUACAUUUGUUGUUUGACGUGAAGCCUUCGGACUACUUUGGAACGGCACCAGCCGGCACUACUGUUCAGUCCUUUGCCAUUGAGAUCAUCAUCUCCUUCAUCUUAAUGUUCGUCAUCUCCGGCGUAGCAACCGAUACGCGAGCAAUCGGUGAAUUAGCAGGGAUUGCGGUAGGAGCUACCAUAUUGCUAAACGUGCUGGUUGCAGGGCCCAUAUCUGGAGCUUCAAUGAACCCCGCCAGAAGCCUGGGGCCUGCAAUUGUUAUGGGUCACUAUGAUGGCUUAUGGGUUUACAUUAUUGGUCCUCCACUGGGAACAGUACUUGGCGCCUUUGCCUAUAACCUUAUUAGGUUUACGGACAAGCCAUUGCGAGAAAUUACAAAGAGCAGUUCUUUUUUGAAGAGCAUCUCAAGGAAUUAGGGUGCACAGUAGUUACAGAUCUUUUCUUUCUCCUAAAAAUAUAGAAGAAAAAAAAUGCAUUUCUUUAUGUCUGCGUUAGUUCAUAGCUUGUGUUAGACAACCAAACUCCUGUAUUCAAUGAACUGAUUACCAUUUUAUGUUAAUAAUUUCACUAUGAA